CUUAUCUUUCUCUUGUUGUGACUUGUGAUCCGUAUUGAAUAUAAAUGUAGCAUAGAUAAAAAUGUUAUUGUGAUCUGUGUAAUCGCCAUUUAAGACUGUUAUUAUAUUGAUAGAAAGCCAAAGUUUUAUUAUACCUUCCGUAGUCCUCUACUUCUAUUGAAUUUAGGUUGUAAUGUAGAUUUUAAAGACAAGUUGAGGUUCCAUCAAUCAGUGAGGCCUUCUUCUUAUAGGUUAGGGGCUUUGUAAGGCUUCAGGGCGCCUUAUGUAUCACUGCGACCAUUUCUGAUCUAUUGUGAUCAAAAUCAGUGAGGCCUAGAUAUAUAUUUGUGUUAAUCAUGGGUGAUACAGCACCUAUCGUGAAAAACGUAAUUCACGCUGGACAGAAAUACAAACCAAUAUCUGAUGGAAGCAAGGUCCACUUUCACUUCCAAACAUGGAAGUGUGGAAAGGAGAGGGUCCUCAUUGAUGACAGCAGGAAGAUCGGCAAGAAGGAACCCAUGAUCUUGGUCAUCGGGCACAAGUUCAAGCUGGAGGUUUGGGAGUCCAUCGUCAAGAUGAUGGCAGUUGGAGAAGUGGCCAGCUUCACUGUCAAAAAAGAACUAGUAUUCAGCUACCCAUUUGUAUCAAAAACACUGCGGGAGCUUGGCCAGGAGAGUUCUAAAAAGAAGCAUGCAUGCACUAUGACGUUGCACACCGAAGGCAUUGGUUACCCCGACCUGGACAGUUUGAUGAAGGAACCGUGUGAUUUGGAGUUCAUCAUAGAACUGCUUCGAGUAGAAACAUCAGAGGAAUACGAGAAAGAAGUAUGGCAGCUCUCAUCGCAAGAGCGACUAGAACUGGUGCCAAGUCUCAGGGAGAAGGGGAACCAGCUGUACGGACAGAAGAGAUAUGACGAAGCAGAGGAGGUGUACGCCAAAGCCAUCGCUAUAUGUGAACAACUUAUGAUAAGAGAAAGAAAAUGCGACGAGGAAUGGAUCAACUUGAACAAAAUAAAGUUGCCGCUGCUACUGAACUACGCUCAGUGCAAACUUAUCAAAGGCGAGUACUACGCAGUCAUCGAACACUGUAACACAGUGCUGGAACACGACAAAGAUAACGAAAAAGCUCUAUACAGACGAGCGAAAGCCCACCUAGGGGCUUGGAACCCAUCGCUCGCUGAGGAAGAUUUCCUCCGCCUGAAGAGCCUCAACCCCACGAUGGGCCCAACGGUGGACAAGGAGCUAGCGCAUAUACGGAAGUUACAGAAGGAUAAGGAGACCAAAGAUAAGGACGCUUUGAGAAAAAUGUUCGGGACUGAAAACGGCACGUAGCAUCCGUUGUAAGAACUUUUAACCAGUUACCACUAAAUAUUUGGAAGAUGCAGAAACUUUCAAAGGACUAUGGCGCAGUAUAAGACCAUUACUUUGUGGUGUUACAUUAUGUAUGUAACAUAUAUAUAAUUACGCCUGUAUCCCACAAAGGGGUAGGCAGAGCACAUUAACUACUCAAGUUUCAGUGCGACUCUAAAAGGGGUUGAAAGAAAUUCAAAUUGUGACAUUGCAGUGACAGGUUGCCAGCCUCUCUCCUACGCCACAAUUUAACCCAAUUUAAGAAGUUAAUAUUUGUAUAUGUGGCGAAAAUGGUAAAAAUAAGUGUACAGUACCUACUUAUGGUGCGUUUUUCGCACUUUUUCGCAAAGUAGUAGGUACAUUUAUAUAUUGUAAAUGUAGUAUGUACUGUAAAAAGUCGUACGAUACACGUGCGGAAAAAAAAUCGUAAGUGUUGUCGAUUGAAAACACUCCCUUUAUUUAUUGCCCCUCUUUUCAAAUUUCCUUUUUUCCGCACUUGUAGGUACUAUAAUGUACCCUACUAUUAUGUCACUAUUUUUAUGAAACUUAGAUCUCUGCGAACUGCGAACAGUACAUUUUGAAUAAAGCCUUUUUUACAUUUCUACUAUUUGUAGCCAAACACUGUCUAAGGAAAGUUUACUUAAUUGUCUAUGAUUUGUUAUUUAUUAUUUACUAUAUGUGUAAUAUUGUUGUCGUAAAAUGUGA